AUGAAGGCUGACCCUCAGUGGGGGUUGACUGCGAGCUGGGAUGCCCCACACUUGCCAUUGAGGGACAUCAUGCUGUUCGUUCUACAAGUCAACAAGGCAAGGAAGAAGCAGGAGAAAAGACCUUGGAAAGACAGAUCCAGAGCCAUCGUCACCAAUUUGCUACAUGCUUUUGUUGGCUUUCUCACUGAUGUUCUCCACCAAAGCCUCUCUCCGAGUAGUUCGCUGAACGCGCCCUCGCGAAAUGUGAGGAGGUCAGCAGAUUCCGACACUCAGAAGGUCAACUUAGAGACGGUGUGGAACCUCUGCCAGGAAGCCACCCGCAAAGGUAUUUCUCUGGCGAAACUUGCGGAAGUUCGUGAAGAUGAUGCGCAUGGUGGAGUGAAGCCAACAUCAACAGGGUACUGGUCAAAAAAAAUCCUUGCAAUGUACCAGGACAGAGCGAGAACAGCUUUCUUGGCCUGCAGACACUUCAACAUUGUCAUGGAUGGCGCGUCCCAUGGUCCAGAGACUUUGGUCAGCUACAGCUACUCCACUGACAUUGAUGGGGCAGUGGCCAUGGCUGUCCAACAGCUGUCACCAGGCAAGAGACCUGGGCUAAUCGACUUUCUCCCGGACAUUGAGUUGCGGGCUAUCAAAAGAGAUGUGUCCAGAGUUGCUUCGUACAAGCAGCUCCAGGCUCUCUCACACCAGAUCCAUUUGCUCACAAAGGGGAAGUUUAGCCUAGAAAGUUUCUUUGCCACACCUGAGAUGUCAUUAGAACCACUGUCUCCUGGCGAUCACCGAACAGCUGUAAAGGAGAAUGGGCAAAAUAAAGUUCUCAUCUAUCGAGCUGGCACACAACAGGCGCAAGAAGUUGACUUCCGCGGUGUUGAUGGUGUACCCGUCAUGGUCCUGCAACUGGACCAAGGCCCCAGUUGCGUGGCUAUGUGCGCCUGGAUGCAGGAGAAUGGUGUGCUUUGCCUCCCGGUCUGGGACAAGAUUCACAGAUGCCAGAGAGAUUUGAAGGGAAGUGGACCGGAGUUUCUGCAGUUUGCCCAAUUGGCAACGAUGUAUCUUUGGAGCGCAAACUACAAACCCUUCAACAGCCAAGGGUUUUUCCAGGAUAAGUUGGAGCUUCUGCAGAGCUUUCUUUCUAUCGAGUCCAAGGAGUCACCCAUCUUCCAGAAAUACCUGCCCCGCAUUGCUUGCGACUUUGGCAUUCAUGUGUCUGAAGUGGAUACGAUUUGGGAUGAGCUAUCUCGUAUGACUUCAUGGACUCAAAAGGGAAGCCUUCCCAAGAUGUCUCGGUGGUUUAGCUGGCACCAAGUCGCUUCUGAGUACCUUCGAGAAUUUUGGGCGUCGCGAAUGCUUUUUGAGUGGAGGUUUUGCCAUGAAAUGUUGCCUGACCCUGACUUUAACGGCCACACCACGAACUUCAGAGAAUGGAGAUCCAGCGAGCAGUUCAAUGGACUCAAGCUUGCCUAUCAAUGCUGCUCAGCAUCAGUCUAUGAGUCCGCCUGGGUGAUAUUCACCGUCAGCCGUGCCUGCUGGACUUGGCACACUCAGAAUGUCGAGACAGUCAAAAGCACCUGGGACAAUAUCGCCUAUGACUUGAGAAUGAGUGAGCAAUGGUGCUGUGACCCUCACUUGCUGGAGAUUGCUUCUUUUAUUGCGGCAAACAAUGUGGCGUCGUGGAGGCGGCUUGGCUUCAAAAGUCUUCAACUACACAGUCAGCAUUCUAGGAAACCGUGUGGCCACACUAUCUCGUCACUCGUGUCCACCUUUCUGCUAUGCUGGAAUCAUGGAUGCGGCAACUCAACAACAAACAUUGCAGCAAAUGAAACGCGACUUUCACCUGCUCUUGUCUUUGGAAGUGUCUACGGCGCCAGCUGCUGA